GGAGCGCUGUCGCCCUGCGAUUACAUCGAGUGGAGGUGAUGUCACCCUGUCUGAAAAGAAGCACACGCGCGCUCACACACACACACACACACACACACACACACACACACACACACACACUGAGUGAUGUUGCCAAGAAGAAAGAGAUCAGCCCCCACGUCACUUGGGGCACGGAUAUAAAUAUGGUCCUGCUAUUUCCAUGGCUGUCUGUCAGGCUCAGAUCUCUUGAACUUUGGAACAAGAGAGAAGCUCUGUGGGUUUUUAGCAUCGAGACACAAGGAGCGCGAGCAGUUCAUCUUUGCCCGGGGGGGUUUCCGUGCCAGCAUCUCCUUAGCCCUUGCCAGUGAAAACUGAAUGAGCAACAGGGUUCGCCUGUGAGACUGAUUCCCCGGACCCCAAGACUUCGUCAGAGUCAGCAGAGACUCUCCGGGGCGCCAAACAGCCCUGCAACCUAAGGCUGGGAAAAUGCUAGCAACCCUGGCAGUGUUCUUCCUGUGGCUCCGGGGCAGCCUGGGGGUGCUUGGUGCUCCCUGCGAGGCUGUGCGCAUCCCCAUGUGCCAGACCAUGCCCUGGAACAUCACGAGGAUGCCCAACCACCUGCACCACAGUACCCAGGAGAACGCCAUCCUGGCCAUCGAGCAGUACCAGGAGCUGGUGGACAUCAGCUGCAGCCAGGUGCUCCGCUUCUUCCUGUGCGCCAUGUAUGUCCCAAUCUGCACCCUGGAGUUCCUCCACGACCCCAUCAAGCCCUGCAAAUCGGUGUGCCAAAGGGCCCGGGAUGGGUGCGAGCCUAUCAUGAAGAAGUACAACCACAGCUGGCCCGAAAGCCUGGCAUGCGAUGACCUGCCGGUAUACGACCGAGGGGUCUGCAUAUCUCCUGAAGCCAUAGUCACCGAUGUGCCUGAAGAUGUGAAGUGGAUGGAUUUUCCUCAAGAUGUAAUGGUCCAAGAAAAACUUCAGGAACCAAACUGCAAGAAUAUAAACCAUGAUCGAUGCAAGUGUCGGAAGAUAAAACCUACCCUAACAACAUAUCUGACCAAAAACUACAGCUACAUUAUUCAUGCUAAAGUAAAGGGUGUAGACAGAGGUAGCUGCAAUGAAAUAACCACCGUGGUUGAAGUGAAAGAAACACUUAAGUCUUCAGUGCCUAUUCCUCGGUCUCAAGUGCCUCUUCUUACUAAUUCAUCCUGUCAGUGUCCACAUCUUCUCCCAAAUCAAGAUGUUCUCAUUAUGUGCUAUGAAUGGCAUUCAAGACUGAUGCUUCUUGAUGGAUGUUUAGUUGAAAAGUGGAAAGAUCAGCUAGAUAAAAGAUACAAGAGGUGGGAACAGAGACUGCAAGAACAAAAGCUGCAACCAGCCCAUGAUAAAAAUCAAAACAUUCGACGCACUGGUCGGAGUGGUACACCAAAACUGAACACCAAGAAUACCAACCCCAUGCUGGCAACCCCCCAAAAGACCACUAAACUAAGAAAUUACCAGAAAGAAACAACCCCCCAAAAAAGAAAUAACCAGAAAGAAACAACUGCCAAAAAAGCAUGAGUUACGAGUUUUCUUGAGGAAAGACUUUCUUGCAUGAUGAGGGUCACAAACUGGCUUGAGUAGCAUGUGCAUUACCCCAGAACUCAUCAACUGCAGUAUUCUACAUAGACAUUUUUGUAGCACUUUACUUUUACAUGUUUGCCUUUUAUUUUAAGCCACUGCAAACCCUAGAUUGAAGGUUUGCACUGAUGUGUAGUAAGCAUAUUAAAGCUGAUUGAUGGAGCUUAUAUUCAGAGGAAUUGAACAUAUAGUUUACCAAUAAGCAACAGGAUAUGCAUUAUACAAUUUUUUGUGUGUCCUCCCCAAAAUACACUUACACUAUUAGUAAUUGAACUGUAUUUGUUUGUGUAGCAAAAACACAUAAAAAGGAAACAUUUAAUAUUGUAUUGUACUUCAGGCUGGCUUCCUUUGUUAUAACUUUAAAUAUAUUUAAAUAUUUAGAUGAAAAAUCAGAUGUUUUAAAAAGAACAAAUUAAACUGACACAAAACUAUAGUGUGCUUAACAGUAACAUUUACAUGUUUACCAUUUGCUGAAAUUUGGCUUUGUUAUGAAAAGUUACUUAAAACAACUGGAAGGAAAACAUAUUAUUCUGUUACUGUAAACGUGUCCUUCAGGCUAUGUCUAAACUACAUCCCUCUUUCAAAAGAGAGAUGUAAAUUAGGUAGAUCGAAAGU